UGUCUUGUAACUUGACUUCAAAGCACCCCAUCGCCAAGGCUGUGACAAAUGAGGUGCAGUCGGAUACCUCAGGAAGUGCUUUAUCUCUCCAGGACACUCUCCACAGCUGUGCAAAAGAAACAGACUAUGCCUUUGCUGAUGUUUCUCUGAUUGUUGUGGGAGAGCACAGGCAGUCGCAGAGGAAUGAGAAGGUUCAGUGCUCAAACCACGAUGCAACGCAUGGGCUCAUUCUCUCCCCUGAUGGGAAGCUUUCUGAACACUGGGCUACAGCUUCAGGUGACUGCUCUAAGACAAGGCUGGUGAAAGAGCUAGAAAACCAAGAAAUUGUUCAAAUAGCAUGUGGGAACCAGCACGCCAUGGCACUGACAAGAGGAGGUAAGCUCUUCGCCUGGGGCCAGAACACCCGUGGACAGCUUGGAGUGGGCAGCCGAACCACACUCAUCCCCCAGCCACAGCUGGUGGAAAGGCUGAAGGGCGUCGCGCUGGCUCAGAUCGCGGCGGGAGGAGCUCACAGUGCCGCCGUGUCGCUCUCUGGAGCUGUGUACUCCUGGGGAAAGAACCAUUUUGGACAGCUGGGACUCGGAGACACAGAAGACAGGGGCUGUCCAUCACAUGUUGGAGCAUUAGAGCACUGGCAGAUUGUAUUUAUCUCAUGUGGGGCUGAUCAUACUGCAGUUCUCUCCAGGGAGGGGAUGGUGUGCACCUUUGGAGCUGGAGGGGCUGGCCAGCUUGGUCACAACUCCACUCGGAAUGAACUCAUGCCUCGUGUGGUGGCUGAGCUGUGGGGAGCUAGAGUUUCACAGAUUGCCUGCGGCAGGCAACACACCCUGGUCUAUGUUCCCUCCUUGGACAAAGUCUAUUCGUUUGGUUCUGAUGAAGGAGAUCUGGGAGAUGAGAGAAAGCCAAAUCAGUUGAUACCACUUCCUAUCAAUUUACCACUGAAUACCAGAAAAUCUUGUCAGGAAAAAAAAAAGUCACAGAAUGUGAUUGAAAUUAUUGCAGGAGGAAACCGAAGUAUUGUCCUUCACAAGAACAACAAGGCCACACAGAAUUGCUAUUUGAAUGGAAUUGCCACUCUGAGUGAUAAGGAAGUGGAUGCAUGGAUUUCAAAUUCCAGGUCACAACAUUGGGAGAGGAUAAAAAAGAAUAUUAGACUGGUCUUUUCAUCUGAGGCUUGCAUCAAUGGAAGCUUCCUGGAGAAAAGAGGCAAACAUUUCAAAACUUCCAAAGAUGUCUCUGGUGUAGACAUGUCAGAAGUGCAACGUUUUUAUGAGAAGAUCAGCAGGAGCCCAGAAGUCUUUCAGGAGGUGCAAAAGGAGAUUGAGAAUUUACUGCCAUCAUUGUCUUCCUCUCCCAUCUCACCUGAAAAUUUCAGAGUCUACUUGAUCUUGCCAUUCCUUCUGCAGGGAGAGGAUAACAGCUCUUACUGUUCUCUCAGACUGCUAGCACAUUCCAUCAUGAAGCUUCAGCCAAAGGACCUGCAAACUCUUGAGUGCCUGUGGGCAAAUCUAGAAACAUCCAUUUUCAAGCGGCUGGUCAUUCUGUAUCAGAGGGUUUUACAGAACACCCUAUCCCAAUUCAUCAUGCAAAUCAGAAGGUGGCAAAGAAAUUCCUUUGAUCCACAUGAAGCAGCGACUCUGAAAAUGCUGCAGAUUCUUUACCAGGUGAACGCCAGAACUGGUUUCAGAGUAGAAGAAAACAACUUCCAUGUGACUCAAGUGAAAGUGAUUAUUGAUUUUUCUUGGUUGUUUGAUGCAGCAAAGAUGGCCCUACAGACGCUGACCCAAUAUCCAUGCAUAUUUGACAUGCUGGACAAGAUCAUCACUCAUAAUAUAGAGUGUGAGACUCUGUCUGGCUAUGGUCAGGAAGAAUGGUUUUUUCCUGUCAGAAGACAGUGCCUUCUGGAAGACAUAUGGACCCAUUUAAAUAAUGCACCAACCCAGCAAUUCAGGAAGUUCUUAAUGCAUCAUCUGCCUGGCAGCAGCCCCAUCACCUUGACUGGAGAAGAGGAGGCUGACUUGGAAGGAACUCUCUCUCCAGCUGCCUGA